CUUUAAUCCAUCGACAAAAGAUAACCACCCUCACCCAUUGAUCUCCACCAAAUAUCCAAUUCCCCUCCUCAAACAACAAUCCAGAUGCUCUGAACAUCAGAAAAUGGCCACCCAACCCACCUCCUCGAUCCCCGAACUCUCUCUCUUCGACCCGCCCGACCCCUCCCUCGACGUGCUAAGCUGGCCCUGCAUCGUCCUCACAAACGUCUGCGUCUACGCAGAAGCCAGCACGACCGAGAUCGCGGACGUGACCGAGACUGAGAAUGAGGAUGACGUCGGGAGUUUUACGGUCGAGGGAGAUGUCGAGCAGGUUGUUACUGAGAGUGAGCCUGUGAUCACUGCAUCGUGGUCAUCUCUUUACGCAGAUAAAGACCCCAGAGGCGCGCGGAUACGAAUAUCAAACGCCACGACUGUCGUCUUGAGAAAAUCAGAGUCUGAAGGCGCGGAGGACGACGUUGAUUUCCAGAUUCUCGGUGAAGCAUGCUGGUAUAAAUGCGCGUCACCUUCUCCUGCGUAUACAGAUGUAUAUAAUGAGAUUAUCGAGAAAACCAGGUUUUGGAACUGGAUCGUUGAUCAGGUAUCCGAUAUUUCUCCACAGGAAAGCACACCUACCACCCUCUUUGAUCAACUAAACACCUACUACCGAGAAGAUUUCAAACAGGCAAAGUUCUUUGGCCUUCUCAAAAAACAUGAUCGAUUCAUCAUCUCCCGACUGUUGAAAGACAAAUAUUGGGAGGACAGUCUAUUGCUGGCGGCAUUUGGUCUGUCGGAUGAGUAUGGCGCUGCUUUCGAUGAGCUUGCGAUGAAGCUGAAAGACGGCGAUGUGCAGGAGAUUGUCGACGAGAGUGCGAAAGGAGACGACGAUCUAGAGAUCAAAUCAGAACCCUCAGCUCACAAGAAACGCAAGCGCGAGAACGACGACGACGACGACGAAGAAACAGAUAUCAAAAAAGAAGAAUACUCGACAGUCUCCGACCUCCUCUCCCACCUCUCCGACCACAAAAGCGAAAACAUCUUCAAAGCAGCCGCCCACGUGCUCUCCCUCUACGGACCCAAGUCUAGCGGUCUUGUGAUUGUGGAUCCGCCGUCGUCUGAGUUUCUCGAGACCGUGAAGCAGUUCUUGGAAGAUGAGUUGCUGUUUACGGAUGAGAUGUGGCAUGAGCUUGUUGAUAAGGCGUCGAACUUGAGGGUCUUUUGCGGGCAUCUGCGGGAGAUACUUGAGUUACUUGAGAGUAAUAGAGAAAGCAUAUUGGAUUCGGAGGAGUACGCUGCAUACACCUCGUACUUGACCCGCCUCAAGGCCGUAUUUGAAAGCAGACUACCUAAACAGAAAGACAAGAACGCGGAAGAAUCCACAGAGGAAGAGGACGAGAUCAUCAUCACAAAUGAACAAGAGGACGAGCAAGAGAUCCGACCGACCCGCAAGUCGCAAAAAGCAGUCUCGAAACUCCGACCGUUUGGUUCACCUACGCCGUUUGCGAGCCUUGAUUUUGUAGAAGAUGACCUGGAAGAGUCUGCUACGUCGAUAUUUGGAUCUGCAGAUGCGGGGCGGGAAAACGGUCUGCUGCUGACGGAGGAGAAGGAGAUCGCCGACGCGGACGAGAAAGAAGGCUCAGCCGACGACGGCAUGCGCUUGAAGAAAUCGGCCGACGAGGCGAUGUUCAGAGCCGUCACCGAGAACAUCCAACGUCGACUGCAAACUUUUUUCCGUCUCAAACCGCUGUCGAAAGCCGCGCUGGCGAAAGUAAAACCGCAGCCGUGGAGUUGUCCGCAAGACGACUGCACAAUGAACCUAGAUAAUUGCAACACCCCCGAGGCGCGGGAUAUAAUCCAACGGCAUUACGAGGCGCACGCGGCAAGGCAUUUGGCGGCGAUGGAGGCGAUGCGGUUUAUUGGGUCUGGGAAGCAUGUCGAGAGGUUGUUGGCGAAGAUUGAUGGCACGACUGCGCUGUGGGCGAGGGAGCAGACGAAGUUGAAUGCGGUCGUCGAUUAGUGCGCUGUCUACUAUUGUUAUAAAGAGAUAGUUGUUAUCUACGGACUUGAAUUUAGCAGCCAGC